UAUUUCCAGUCCGCUUCAAGACUUGAAUGUGCGCAGUUGUGUGUUCUGAAAUUUUAUACUUUUCGUUGGACUUACUGUAACUGUAAUUGGAUUUAGACCGGCCCAAAAGCUCUAUAGAUAAUAUAAUAAUGGCGCCUCUGGAAAGCGAUAGCGAUGUGGAAAUCAUAGAGACUGAAUCAAUAGACCAUUAUCAUCAUCAUCGCAGGCCGGAACCCUUUAAGUUUCCUGCCAGGAUGUAUCCGCAAAUUCCGGGUGGCCUUCUGUCACCACCUUUUUCGCCAAGUGAUUCCAUGGAUAUGCCACUGCUAAAGGAAGUUUUGGCCCGCAACGGCCAGGUUAAUGUUCCGGAAGGAUUCGUCCUGUGCAUUCCGUGCUACCUGUGCAAGCGGCCCUUCAACGACUACGAAACACUCAAGGAGCACCUCACCCAACAUGCGGCUGAAAUCAGCGCCUGGAAUACAUCGCGUGCGCAGGCGCAGGAGCCUCCGCCGAUGAUCAAACCCUUUGUCCAUCCCAUCAAUCAGCCUUUCGUUCAUCCCAUGGAGCAGCCUAUAUUUCAUCCCCAUCAUGACCAGGCCAUGGGUCACCAUGAGAGGCAGUUUCACAUGCCCGUGGAGUUCGGCCAUCAGGCCCCAUUGGAUCUGUAUUCACCGCCCCUCGAACCGCCGAUGGCGUUUCCCAUGCCUUCGCCUCAUCAGCUUCACCAUCAGCAUCCACAUCCGAUUCAACCCCCAAUGCACUUUCCACCACUGGAAUUCCCAGGACCGCGGCCCGAGAGGCUAUUCAUGCCACCUCAAAUCACGCAGGAAACUCCUGUUCAACCAGUGCUCAGAGACAUUCUGAAGAAACCACGAGUUCCGCUGGAAAUGCAGAACUUGAUUACGCCAGAGAUGGGGUCCUUUGGGGUGGAGGAAACACCGGCCUUGGUAAAACCCAAAUCGUUAUCACCAAUUCCUCCGCCGGUUCCCCAGACAAAAGCCCCAUCUCCGGUGCUGAUCAAGCCAAAAAUCCCCAAGCAGUCGACCUAUGUGCGGGGUCAGUUCGAGUGCGACUGGUGCGGAAAGCGAUUAAGCUCCCGCCAGUCCCUGCGAUACCAUGAGAGCCACUUCCACGCGGAGGAGGAGCCUCCCACCAACGGGAUGGGCAAGGAUGUGCAGAAGCAGCACAAGUGCGCCACCUGCAAGAAGCGCUACAAGCGGCGCACCUUUCUCCAGAUGCACAUGAAGGUCAAACAUGGGAUAGUCAGUCCGGGUAAAUUCGCACCCGAUCCACUGUCGCCAACCGCAGCAGAUGCGCCUGCGCUGCCGGAGACUGAAGCAGCCUCCCCAACUUCCCCGCCGGCUGAGGAAUCGAGGAAGGAGAUUUGGAGCACUCGAAUCUACAACGCAGUGGCCGCGGCCAAGUAUCAACCAGCCAGCGAGCGAGCGGAAAAGUAUCUGAAUGCGCCACGUCAGCAAACCGAGCUGAUGGAAUCGGGUUUCGCGACCACGCCGAAGCGGACCUAUCCACUACGUUCACCGUUCUUCAAUCCGGACCUAUGGCUGGACUACGAUGGGUACUUAUAGGGAGAACUGGAUCGGAACUAACUAAAAUAUUGAAUAUUUAAUAUCUAAAAAGGAAACACAAUAUCGCUUUAAAGCGGAUGUCAGCUGAGCUGACCCACUCGACCGACUACUGUUGGUCUCGUUAUUUAAACUCUAGAAUAUCUCUUCAUUUUAUGGAGCUCCCUAAGUAUGUACAAUGUACAUUGUACUUUUAUAAUGUCAUGAAUGCAUGUCGCUCUCACUAGCGAUUUUCUGUGUCCUCAGCACUUUGGAUCUCGACUUCGAAAUCCCAAAGGCAUAGCCCAAAUGUUUAUGUCAUAUUAAACAAAACCAAAUUGCUGAGCCUGCAAAGAAAUUUGAGCAGUCCAACAAUCAAGCCGCCCAUUGGUCUUUUAUGUUUUCGAAAUGAAUCGCCACCAAUGAGAAAGUAAAUAAAGAAACUUAUGUGCACAAACCAAACUAAAAAUGAUUUUUAAUCCCUUGCCAUCCUCCGAUUCUUUUUAAGUACACAGCAAAAUGAAACUUCGCAGCGGGAACUCUCAGAUUACAUGAAGCACUUGUAAAAAAUAAUCUCCCGCAGAGAUUCUUCUGAUAGUCCCGUUGCGACCCCUGACAUUUGGCAUACACGUG